AUGCAGACUGUUACAAACCUCUGUAGAAAAGUUGGUUUUAUUCGCGAGAUCAAGAGGAUGUCAUUGAAUUCUGUCCACACCAAAACUAGAACGGGAUUUGUAGACGGCGGAAAAUAUAGUCAAGGUCGGCCAUCUUACACAGAAGAGGCAGUGAGUUACAUAGCAAACCUGUUAAUUGAUGGAAAACUCUCAGGACCCGGCAAAGGAAAUGUGUCUUAUGAUGUUGUUGAGCUCGGAGCUGGAACUGGAAAAUUUACCGAAAAAAUCAUUACAAAGCUACCACAGGAUAUAAAAUACCUAGCUACAGAACCCAUGGAUGGCUUCCUCGGUACACUCAAAGACCUCUGUCCUUCAGUGGACACCAAGCAGUGUACAGCAAACAAUAUUCCAUUACCUGAAAAUUCUGUCAGGAAUGUAAUUGCUGCUCAGUGUUUUCAUUGGUUCGCAAGUGUGGAGAGUCUAUCAGAGAUAAGCCGUGUCCUUGUACCAGGAGGCAGGUUUGUGAUGAUUUGGAACAACAAGGACUGGAGUGUGCCAUGGGUCAAGGACUUUGAGGUGAUAUUGUCCAACUACUACACUAGUGACACACCACGUGCCAUUAACAGAACAUGGAAAACUGUAAUAGAAAACUUCCCAGGAUUUCUGUGUAAAGAACAUACAUUUAAAACAGGAAUAGACUUCCAGGGAAACAAGGACUUCGUUGUCAGUCAUUUCUGUACCAUCAGUGUCAUAGCCUCAUUACCAGAUGAUGAAAAAGAGGCUGUACGACAGAAAAUGUAUAAAAUUUUAGACAGCCAUGAAGAAACAAGAGAGAAAGAUAUCAUCAAAAUUCCAUUUGAAACAGAAAUAUAUCAUUCCGUUAAAGCUUAGUUUUUUAUUGUGUACAUCUUGUUACAAGUAAAACUUCUGAUACAUGAACUUUAUAUUCUAUAUAACAUAGAGGCUUUACAGCUGAUGUAAUUGCUGAACCAAACGUUUAUGAUUUCAUGACUGCAAUGACAUGUGAUUAAUAUUUUCUGUUAUCAUACACCUUUUUAAUGUAAAUA